GCACAGGACUACAGCAGCUGCUUGUUGCUUUCCAUUCCAGUGACAAGGACUAAACCCGUUGUCAGCUACCUACCCUCCUGCUUGCCCAGUUCUCAGCAUGUGCCGGGGUUUAGCUGCACUUUCCACCUGCUUGGAAAGAGCCAAACAACUCAAAACUCGUUUAGGGAUCCUGCUUCAUAAACCAGAGUUGGGACAUGAGGCUGAGAGCUUCAGCUCGUCUGAGCAGGGCACCAAACUGAGAAACUCCUCAGAGGAAGCACUAGAAUGGAAGAAGUCCUUUGAUCACCUGCUGAAGAGUAAAAAUGGGGUGGCUACAUUCCAUGCCUUCCUGAAGACAGAGUUCAGUGAGGAGAACCUUGAGUUUUGGUUGGCUUGUGAGGAGUUCAAAAAGUCCCGGUCAAAAACUAAACUGUCAUCCAAGGCCCACAGGAUCUUUAAGGAGUUUGUUCAAAAUGAAGCACCUAAAGAGGUGAAUAUUGACCAUGAAACCAGAGAAAUAACCCAGAAGAACCUGACAGCUGCUACUACUUCUUGUUUCGAUGCUGCACAGGCAAAAACCCGCACUUUGAUGGAGAAGGAUUCCUAUCCCAGGUUCCUGAAAUCUACCUCCUACCAGGACUUGACAGAGCAAAUCACCAGCCAUAGCACCAGCAAGCGGUUGCAUACCUGAUCCAAGUCACCUGCACUGCCAGAAACGGGUGGGGGGGAGAGGGGAAGAGCCACAUUGUGAAGCAAAGGUAGAGGAGGCAGGAGCCUGAGAAACAGCGACUGAGGCAGAAAGAGCUCUGAGCAGUGGGGUUUUGGCUAAAGUCCUGGGAUUUUAUCCUUAUCAGGAUCCCUAGGAUCUCAAAUGCUUCCAUGUACCUCCGAGCUGUAGUGAGGAGCACCUGUCCCCCAUCACUGGCAUGGGAGAUGGUGAAAUGGGAACUGUUGGGAGAGAGAGAGAUGGGUGGACAGUUGCUUAUAUGCAAGCAAAUGCUCCAGUGACGGGUAGUGGGGAAAAAGUAUACAAGAAGAGACUUGCACUAAAAGCAGAGGGGGGGGGAGGGGAGAAGAGCUGGAUGAGUGGCAGGUUCCGUUGGAAACAGGAUCGAUUCAAUUCCCCCCCAAAACUGUCCUCCAUCUGAUGUUGAACUUUGUGCAUACAGACAGAUAUAGACAUGCAUGCAUAAAGAGAAAGCCUCAGUCUGCUCUCAAGACCCUGCCUCUGUACCGACACAAAAUACAAACUAUACAGAGCGCUCAGAAGUUUGCAAUUUCCACAGUGCUGGGGCCGGUGAACCCACACUUGUCUGCAUGUUCUUGCACCAGCUGGAAUUUCCAGCAUCUCAGAUCAUAAAGAUGCAAGCACAACUUUGGGUUUUCAGCCACAGGAGUCCUGCAUCUGCUUUGUUUGGAUUGAGAGGGAUUUCAGAUUCUACUCUGCCCUCUCCAAUGCACGCUCUGGGUGACCCUUUACACCUCCUUCCACUAAGACAUCAGCAUUGCAUGAACAUUUCCCCCCCUCCCCCCACAUAAACUACAUGAGCUCAUGUUUUGGUCCUCUAAAUUAUGUGCAAUCUUGGAUUGCAUGCCCCCUUUUUAUUAUUGAUAAAAUUUCAUAGAUGAGCACAGCACUUUACAAAGUACAUACUUAGGCUAAGCCCUUGCCCUGAGGAGCUUACAACUGAAAUUGGAUUUAUUGUAGAUACCACAGUCCUUAGAUACCAUGGUGACAGGCACUACAUAAAAACCCAAGAGAGGUAGGUAGAGAGAACUCCAAUACAGUCAAAGGAUUAGGCAAAAGAGUGGCAAAAGCUGGAGUCCUAAUUGGUCGGGGCUGGCAUUUUUUUUUUUUUAGAAGACAUGGGAAAGGGGAACGUUGAUAGAUUUACUGUAUGAGCGUAGAAUGAUGUUUAAAAAAGGUCCAAAGGGCCAGAUUUUUAAAAAGGUAUUUAGGCUACUAGCUGGUGAGAUCUAAUAGGCAGAAUAAUGAGCAGGUUACUUGCAUUUAGUGAUCUCACAGAACUCUAUUUUGUGUGGAUGAAGCAACGCAUAAAGCUCUGAGACAGUGAAAGUGGUUGGAAGAACGCAUUUAACCAGAAGUUGCUCCCCAACGCUUCUCUGAGGGGCUUGUAGAACAUUUCAUUUGCUGAGACUUCUGGCAUAAGACUUGAUUUUUAGAAUCCCACCCUGAUUAGGUAUUUACAGAUCCAUUAGAUAAUUAUUCAGACACAGCUACACUGGUGCUAGCAACAGUAUAAAUACAAGUGUAGAUCAGGCCCAGGUGUUUUCAACACUGUCUCAUUGAAAACCUGCCUUGAGCAAACUUUCCUGGUAAGACAGAAACAUAGUGCAAUCUUACCUGAAGCAAUUUAUUCACGGAAGCCAAAUCCUGAGAUCCUUACUCAGUUGUUACUCAGUCUUUGCCCAAACAACCUCCUCUUGACUUUCAUGAGCAUUUGCCUGAGUAAGGACAGAGAAUUUGCCCUGGAUCAUUAGUGGUGCCCUCCUAUUGCAAUUUGUCUGGCCAGUGGCUUGAAGAAUCUCAAGAACUAGUGGCUGGACUCUUCUGCAUCCUCCUCUUCUUCCUUCCCAUUCUACCUCUGAGUCUUCAUGGGUUCCAGCUGGGUUCUCAGGAGAUUCUAGCUGCUUUAAUAUUUAUUAUUUAUUUUUCACAACUGGAACUAGUUUCAUAAUGCUAUGAUACACACAUUGUUCUGACUGCAUGGC